AUGGGUAAAAUCAUCAAGCGCAUUCCCUACAAAGGGGUUCUGAUUGAGUUGAAAAAUAUUGUCUUGCAUUCCUCAAUGCAGAACAUAGAACUUCCCACAAAUACUCUCAAGUCUAUUCUAUACUGUGGAGCAACAGUGGAAUACCAAUGUGGUCGCAUCACCGAAGAGCAAUACUUUGCGCGACUGGCGUCCGACUUUCGCCAUCCUCAGGAGGAGAUAAAGAAAGCUAUCCUUGCUGUACGAAAAUCACUAUGUGUGAACCCCAAAGUCGUGGAGGCAUUGGCUUCAAUGAAGGCCAAGUCUAAAGGUCUCUUCGAGCUAUAUGCGGUUACAAAUUUUUCCAAAGAGGACUACGCCUUGGUAAAGUUUCUUGGGUUUGAUUGGUCUUUGUUCGAACGUGUUUUUGUGUCAAGUGAUAUCGGCAUGCAGAAGCCUGAAUUGCGAUUUUAUCAACAUGUCCUAAAUCAGAUAGGAUUGAGCUCGGAGCAGGUCAUCUUGGUAGAUGAUGACACGAGUAACUUACUUGCUGCAAUGUCUAUGGGGAUGCAGGGCGUUAUGCCAUCAGAUUAUUCGCUGUACCGCAGCAUUUUGAAUUUUGUCGACAUUGACCCUAUUGGGCGAGGUACGCGAUAUCUCCAUGAGAAUGCUCAAAAACACCAUUCCUUCACCCAUACCGGCGUACCAGUGAAGGAAAACUUCACGCAACUGCUCAUACUUGAGCUCACUGGCGACAGAAGCUUGAUUGAUAUUGGAAGCCAUCGGACCACAUGGAACCUUUUUAUCGUUACACCUGUUCUUACCCAAGCUGACUUCCCCGAUGAUAUGGACACGACAUCACUCGGUAUUACAAUUUUGAAUCGGCCCACUCACGUUGCCAAUCUUGUGAUGGACAAGAUGCUUCAGUAUCGAACAUCUGAUGGUCUGAUGCAGACCUUCUUCACUGACUUCAAGAAGCGUGUGGACCCAAUCGUGUGUUGCAAUAUUUUGAAUAUUUUCUACCAGUAUGGCUGGGGUAAUGAGCUCUCUGAGACCUUUGAUUGGGUUUACCAAGUCCUCCAAACACGGACUUACAUCCACGGAUCCGCCUUCUAUCCACUCCCUGAGGCAUUCUUCUUCUUCCUAUCGCGCAUGAUGUUACGCCUUAAGAAUCAUCGGCCUUGUGUCUAUAUUCGAAUGCGAGGAUUGCUUAUUAAGCGGCUGGAGGAACGUCUUAGUGUACCAGUGGAUGCGGCAAGUCUCGCCAUGCGACUGAUUGUUUGCCACCAAGUUGGAGAAACCGAGGUACUUCUACUGCACUCGCGCUUGAUGCCAUUCGUCGCUGUCAGCCCUGGUUAG